GGUGUCCAUUUUCUGUUUGGGAAUCGCAACUUUAUAGCUAUUCUCUCCAGCUGCUCAACUUCAAAAUUUCUCAUUUCAUCUCUCUCACGGCAGAAUGAUCGGGUCAAGUCUUCUGGCCUGUGUGCUUACAAUUAUAUCACUGAAAGCUGAAGGCGCUAGCGUAGGAAUCACUUUUCUGCAGGAUGCGGCAACGAAAGGAGCCGUUUGUUUGGAUGGCAGCCCACCAGCUUACCAUUUUGACAAGGGCUCUGGCACUGGUGUUAAUAACUGGAUUGUUCACAUGGAGGGUGGAGGAUGGUGUGAAGAUGUCGCUACUUGCCUUUCUCGUAAGAAAACCGACUUAGGGUCAUCGAAACUAAUGGUGAAGCAAUUUGGUUUCUCUGGACUUCUGAGCAGCCAACAAAAAUCCAAUCCAGAUUUCUACAAUUGGAACCGGAUUAAGGUUAGGUACUGCGAUGGAUCAUCAUUCACAGGCGAUGUCGAGGCUGUCAAUCCAGCUAAUAAUCUCUUCUUCAGAGGAAAUAGAAUUUUUGAAGCUAUCAUUGCUGAUCUUUUAGCAAAAGGAAUGCAAAACGCUAACAAUGCCAUUCUUUCUGGCUGUUCUGCUGGUGGAUUGGCUUCGAUAUUGCACUGCGACAGAUUCCGAGAUCUCCUUCCCGCGACAACUAAAGUGAAAUGCAUUUCAGACGCCGGCUUCUUCAUCCAUGCGAAGGACGUUUCCGGAGGACAGCACAUUGAAAAUUUCUAUAGCCAAGUGGCUAAAUUACACGACUCCAUUAAGAACUUGCCGGCGUCUUGCACUUCAAGAAUGGGAACAAGACCAGAGUUGUGUUUUUUCCCACAGUACGUGGUGCAGACCAUGCAAACACCAAUGUUCUUCAUAAAUUCGGCUUACGACUCCUGGCAGAUUAAGAACAUUUUGGCUCCCAGUGCUGCUGACAAAGCUAAGGCGUGGAAAAGCUGCAAGCUUGAUUUGAACAAGUGUACACCUGCGCAGCUCAAAGUCAUCCAAGAUUUCAGGGAUGAGUUCUUACUUGCCAUUAAUACAACUGGUGUCCUCAAUUCUUCGUCAGGAGGAAUGUUCAUAGAUUCCUGCUAUGCUCACUGUCAAAUAGGGAAGCAGAUAACAUGGUCGAGCGAUACUUCUCCGGUAGUGGAUAACACGAAAAUUGCGAAGGCUGUGGGAGACUGGUAUUAUGAGCGGAGCACCAUAAAAAAACUUGAUUGCCCGUACCCUUGCAACCCUACUUGUCCAAAAGUUGAUUCUGAAUCGGGGCUGGAUGUAUAAUUUAUUUAUUUAUUAGCAUUAUUAAUUUAU